AUGCCAUGGAAGGCUGCCGCGCCGUGGCUUGAAGCACCCAACGACGAGGAUGCUGCCAUUGAAAAUGCGACGUAUGUCGCCAAGAAGAAGCUGCUGGAGGACAUCGUAUCUCGGCGACUUGCGCCAAGCGACGGCGCGUCGUCUGUGAAGGACGAGCGCCGAUGCAACUUUGAGAUCAUCACUGUCCCAUUACGUCGGAAGAAGGUCGAGCCGAAGCCCGUGGUCGUGGCUGAAGAGCCCGACACCGACGAACUGACCGGCCACCUCGACGGAUGGGAACAUGCAUGGCGGGGCGACUUGAAGCUGCACAAGAAACGCAUCUUGCACGAGAUAUGGACCGACCCCCGCGAUCCCGCCAUGGGACGCAUGUUGGCGCUGCAAAACAUCACCCAAGUCCACGGCCAAAAGCUGCUCGAGAAGAUCCAUGCCGCCAUGGACGCGAUCGGAGACGCGCUCUUCACGACCAUGCGCGCCACGUACGUGAAAACGUACCAGAAUGGCAUGUUCACGACCGACCAAACCAUCACGCGGUUGCUCUCGUCGUUCAAAAUUGAAAUCCGAACUGCCUUGACCGCCGACGCAGUGCGCCAAAAGGGUUUCCAUACGUGA